AUGGUGUUAGUUAACCGACAUCAGGAUGCUGAUCAAAUUGUCGAUCAAUAUCGGCAAGAAGACUUAGCAAUGGGAAAUAAUUUGACAACUAUUGUCGAAAGAAUUAUGGCUAGGAAUGGUAUGAGUGCCACAUUGCAAAGGCAACUAUAUGCCUCCCCAUUGGCUGAAUUUAUUCUCCAAACCGAGUCACCUAGAGGAACGAGAGUGCCUAAAUACACUAAGUUUGGGGGAGAAUCUGGUGAGUCGACAAUAGAACAUAUUGCCAGAUACUUACUAGAGUCGGGAGAUUUGGCUCACAAUGAGUGUUUGAGAGUAAAAAACAUUCCUUCUUCUUUGACUAAGGCUACCUUCACAUGGUUCACUUAUUUGGCCCCAAAUUCGAUUGAUUCGUGGGCCAAGUUAGAAAAGAAGUUCCAUGAACAGUUUUAUGAAGGGCAUUCCAAAAUCAGUUUGGCAGAAUUGUCUAGCAUUAAGAGAAGGUUUGCUGAGAGUAUUGACGAUUAUCUGAAUAGAUUUAGAUCAUUAAAGGCCAGAGUUCGACAUUUCGAACGCCUGAGGUUAGAAAAGGUUAGACACAAUAAGGCUAAGAAGGAAAAAAUAGCUUUCGUCGAUUAUGAUGCGACAAAUCCAAUCUAUGAGGCUGAUUAUGCCUCAUCGACAGAAUUAGAAAUUGACAUGGCUGAGUUAAAGCCAGGAUUUGCUUAUGAGUGUCGUUCAUUACUUCCUGCACAAGGUAAAAAUCUUGUCGAAAACAAUACAAAAUUCCUUUCAAAAACUUAUACAUUUGAUGUGAUAAAGUGUGAGGAAAUUUUUGAUUUGGAUCUGGUUCAGAAAGCAAUUCAAGAAGGCAGGCUGAAGUUUGAUGGCCGCAAAAUGAAGAUCGACGUUGACCCUCUCCACUAG